AUGAGCGAAUCCCUCAUCCCCAUAUUCUGUCUUCACGACAUCCCCCCUCAACCUACGCACACGCCAUCGACAUCAACGCUGCUGCUUGUAGAAAGCACCGGAACGGCACUGCGCAGAUACACACGUGAUGCUGUGACGUAUCCCCCGGUUGAUUCUGCGUUCAAGUCACCAUUCAAUGGGUGGGGAUUGGAUGAUGUGGUCCCGUUCCUGCGUGAAUACGCCACGGGGACUGUUGUGGAUGAAUCUGUGUUUCUGGUUGCAGAUGGGAGGACUGUCGAGGAUGAAUCACUGUUAUUAGUGCAGAGUCUUCAUGGGGAUCCAAUGCACUGUGUACGGCUUGCGGCGGAGUAUGUCAAUACUAAAGCUGUGGCUGUGGCUGUUGCUGCGACUGGUGUGCAGGAGCUGCGGAGAUUGGUUGAUGGGGAUGGGGUGUUUAGAGGCGGGGGUGACAACCCGUCGCCACGAAAGGGGGGGGAAGCGCCGAGGAAGCAGCUGGCAGGGUCUGGGUAG